AGCAGCGCCUCAAGCCCGUGGUGGCGGCGGGGCUGUCUCUUUAAGCGCUCCAGAGGGGCUGGGGCGGGAGGGCGGCGAGCGCGUUUCCAUGGCACCGGGGCUGCGGGGGCUGCUGGGCCACUGGGCUCACUCGGUUUCAGUUGCUCCCGGCGGAGCAGGGGCGUGCAGCUCAGCGGCCACCGAGCCUCUGGGGCUCGCCCGGCCGCUCCUCGCGCUCCCAGCCGCCUGUGACGCCUGUUGGGGCCAAGCUGCUGCGGUUCCCUCCGCAGACAGACGCGCCGCGCCAGCCUCACGAGCCCUGCACCAACUUCUGCCCGACAAGCCCAACUUCUGCGCCGGGUUCGGACUUGCGGAGCCGGAACGGCGCACCGCGCGCAGCCCGGGCGGCGGCCAGGGCGGAUCAGCCUCGCCGAGAUGUCCUCGCGACUGUGGCUCUGGUGCUUCUGCGCCUGGGCGGUUGCCGGCUGGCCGCCAGGAAGCGCCCUACAGCUCCGGCUGGGCAUGCCAAGUGUUUGUGAAGAACAGCAAGUGACUGGUUGGACUUGCACACCCAUGUGUUUGGGCAUUCACACACAUUGUCAAGCUCUGCAAACAAGGCUGUACUGGCUCAAGUUGGUAUGUGAGCUAUGAAAGAAGCUAUCGCUGCAGUGGGAACUUGUUUCAAUGGAAGAAAAUGCUCAGAUGGUGAAGGCCAGUAGUGCCAGUGUUCAGAGGGAUUUCAUGGACCCCACUGUCAAUAACAGUCCUCUUUUCCGUCUUCUCAUUCCUGUGGAUCUGUCCUGUAGCCUUUCCACGCUAUCCUCAGGCUCAUCUGUUUUCUGAAGAUGGGGAAAAGCCCUUUGGACAAGAUAUAAAUGAAUGUACCAUUGACAAUGGUGGCUGUCAAGAUCGAUGCUGUAAUACAGUUGGCAGUUAUUACUGCAAAUGUCAAGCUGGCCAGAAGCUGGAGGAAGAUGGCAAAGGAUGUGAAGAUGUCGAUGAAUGUGCAGUGGUGAAUGGAGGCUGCCAGCAGCGCUGUAUUAACACUCUGGGCACCUUCCACUGUGAAUGUGAUACGGGAUAGAGACUGCAUGCUGAUGAAUGCACCUGCAUAAGGAUUGAAUUGGAAAUUGUCAAUAGCUGUGAAAAGAACAAUAGUGUUUGUUCCCAUCACCGUGAACAUGAAAUUGGUGCUCCCCGUUGUUCCUGUAACCAUGGACACCAGCUUGAUUCUGAUGAGAAAACAUGCAUAGAUCUUGAUGAAUGUGAGAAUGGAGAAGCCUGCUGUGCCCAGCUCUGCAUCAACUAUUUAGGAGGCUACAAAUGCAGAUGUCAGGAAGGCUUUCAGAUCACUUCCAAUGGUUGUGAAUGUGAUGAUGUGGAUGAGUGUCUGGAUGUCAGUAUAGUCUGUGACCAACUACAUUAAUUCUGUGGGAACAUACGAAUGUAGUUGUGAAGAAGGCUACAGAAUUGGAAAUGACAGAAAAACUUACCCCUCUUUAGAUGAUGAUGAGCUAGAGGAAGAAGGAGAGGAAUGAGAAGUUGUGAAGUUUCCAGGUCUUCUAUUCAAGAGCCCACCUCAACAGCUUCAUUAUGUUGCUACCUUUCUGCCUCCCACCUACAAAGAUGAAGAAGAUGAGGAGGAAGAGGAAAAAGAUAUUCGUAGAGAACUGACUGCUUUGCACAAUUUUGUCUGUUUAGAUCACAUCUUUGAACACAAUUGCAGUUUGAGCUGCAAGGACUGCAUGAAUGGAGGAAAGUGCCAGGAAGGAAAGAGUGAAUGCUCCUGCCCAGCAGGUUGCCGUGUCAUUCUUUGUAAUGAAAACUGUCUCGAGGGUGCCUACGGAGCUGGCUGCACUUCAGAAUGUCAGUGUGUGGAGGAGAAUACCCUGGAAUGCAGUGCCAAAAAUGGUAGCUGCACCUGCAAAUCUGGUUACCAAGGCAACAGAUGCCAGAAAGAUGGCCUCUGGGGACCAGAGGGCUGGUUCUCCUCUGCACCCUGUGAAAAUGGAGGUCAGUGCAACAAAAAAACUGGAAAUUGUGACCUCACUCCUGAUUACACAAGAAAAUCCUGUACCAUAUUAUUCACCUGGCAUGUUUGGAGAUGAUUGCCAUCAACUUUGUGACUGUGAAGGAGAAACCUUCUGCCACCCAAAAACUGAAAAAUGCCUCUGCCCCCCUGGGAGAACUGGAGCCAAAUGUGAUGCUGGUUAGUCUCCUGCAUUGGGCGUUCAGCAUGGGUGUUGCCUUUUUCUGACCUCAAGACAACUAUCCAACUUUCCCUGUGUCCUUCACAAUGCAACCACUAAAGCUCCACUGAAGUCUCUAAUUCUGAGAAGGCACCUUAAAAAUGAGGUAUUUAAAUUUGGACGGAAGAACUGCUUUUCAGUUCAGGUUGGACUACACUGAAAUAUUCACACCUAUUCACUGAAGACUUUAGUGGCCAUGAAAUAGCUGGAUCCUCUUUAGAAAUAUCUAGAAUUUCAUCUAUUUAUUCUCAGUAUCCUUCUUCAUAACAAACUCUGCUCCGGAUUGCUAAUGUAUUGUUUUUCAAACAUGACUUUGGUGUGGGAGACUAUAAAGACUUUAGCCACC